AAUUAAUCAAUUUAAAAAUGAGUUCCUCGGAGAUGGAGGAAGGAACCAGAGCAGUUGGAGGACGUUUACUGGGAAACUGGGUGGAAGAGAGGGCGACUACUUCACUAGACAACACUGGACCACCAACUGACAUCCAUAAAAAUGGACACAAGGGCAUCAUCACAGUGGACUUCUCCUCUAAAUUUAAUGGUGAUAGUACACUGAAAUCUGCCUUCACCAGCCCUAAAAGCACACGGGUACGAAAGAAAGGAUUACGAACAGAGCUACUACAGAAGCAACUCAUCAAAAGCAUAAGCGAGCAGGUGCUUGCAGAGCUCAUACUGCAGCCUCCAGCCCCUGAACUGCAAUCCGUAUCCAGUAGUGUUCACACAGCACAGGGCUUCCAGAGUGUCCGACCAACACCAUCCACGGGUCGUGACUACAGAACCGAUGAGGCCAUUACAUUUUGGAGGGAAAACUUUGACAAGAUUCAGGGCGUGACAGCAGUGAGAAACAGAGAUGCUCCUUUUAAGAAGAACGCCAGUUUCAGCACUCCGAUCAGUGAGCGCUUGGACCCCAAUCCUGAGGACUGUAUUGAUAUAGAAGAAGCCUAAUUACAAAACAAAAUGAGAAAGUAAACAGUUGUUUUAUAAGCUCACUCUAUUCUCAAUUGUUUGUCCCAGAAUAUAAAUAUGUAAAAUAAAAAUCUUUGAACAUUAUGUACAACAGGCCAUAGUUCUCGCAGAAGUCAAACCGCCUAAGAACAUCCUGUUCUUUCUGAUGGUUUCCAGUUAUCCCUAAUACUUUUCCAACAUCACUUAUCAUCUGGCAAAUAAACUCAAUAAGCUCCUUCCCUUUCGUCGAAUCUUUUAACUGAAACUUUGCAGGCUGUUCUCGAACAGUGACAACAUUUAUUUAGGUUUGUAGCUAGACACAAAGCAUCUGCCUUCCCACCCUACACAGGAACCCGCGUUAUAUUGAUGACACACCAAGUGUUUGCGCCGGCUUCCUUUUGAAUGCAGCGGCUUA